CGCUGCCGUUCCCGGGUCGGGCAGCUAGAGAGCAGUGCAGGGAGCCCGAGCCCGGCGCUCCCUUCCUGUGGGCAAGGCCGACAGCGCAGCCGAGCGCCGGCCGAGGCCCGGCCCGGCCGCCCCCGCUGCGCUCGCCGAUGGCGGAGACCAAGAUCAUUUACCACAUCGACGAGGAGGAAACGCCGUACCUGGUGAAGCUGCCUGUGCCGCCGGAGAAAGUCACGCUGGCCGAUUUCAAAAAUGUCCUCAGCAACCGGCCCGUGCACAGCUACAAGUUCUUCUUCAAGUCCAUGGACCAGGAUUUCGGGGUGGUGAAGGAAGAGAUCUCAGAUGACAAUGCAAAGCUGCCCUGCUUCAAUGGAAGAGUGGUGUCUUGGCUGGUCCUGGCUGAGAGCUCCCACUCUGACACAGGCUCCCAAUGCACCGAGAGCCACGUGGAGCUGCCCCCAGCCCUGGAGAGGACAGGAGGCAUCGGAGACUCCCGGCCCCCCUCCUUCCACCCCAACGCUGCCAGCAGCAGGGAUGGCCUGGACAACGAGACAGGAACCGAGUCCGUGCUCAGCCAUCGGCGUGAGCGGCACCGGCGCAGGAACCGCGAGAGCCACGAGGAUGCCCCCAGGAUCAAUGGGCACCCCAAGCUGGACAGGCACCGGGAGCAUCCCCCUGGCUACGACAGCUCCUCCACCAUGCUGAGCAGUGAACUGGAGUCCAGCAGCUUCAUCGACUCUGAGGAUGAUGACAACACCAGCAGGUUGAGCAGCUCCACGGAGCAGAGCACCUCGUCCCGCCUCAUCCGCAAGCACAAGCGCCGGAGGAGGAAACAGAGGAUGAGGCAGAUUGACAGGUCGUCCUCGUUCAGCAGCAUCACUGACUCCACCAUGUCCCUAAACAUCAUCACUGUCACGCUCAACAUGGAAAAGUACAACUUCCUGGGGAUCAGCAUUGUGGGGCAGAGCAAUGACCGGGGUGAUGGUGGCAUCUACAUCGGCUCCAUCAUGAAGGGAGGGGCGGUGGCAGCAGACGGGCGCAUCGAGCCAGGGGACAUGCUGCUGCAGGUGAAUGAUGUCAAUUUUGAGAACAUGAGCAAUGACGAUGCCGUUCGGGUUCUGCGGGAAAUCGUCUCCAAACCAGGACCUAUCAGCCUAACAGUAGCCAAAUGCUGGGACCCUACUCCCAGGAGUUAUUUCACCAUCCCCAGGGCUGAGCCGGUGCGGCCAAUCGACCCCGCGGCGUGGAUCUCUCAUACCACGGCCAUGACGGGAGCGUACCCCCGUUACGGUAUGAGCCCCUCCAUGAGCAUCACCACAUCUACCAGCUCCUCACUAACAAGCUCAAUUCCCGAGUCGGAAAAAUUAGAAGACUCUCCCUUAACUGUGAAGAGUGACAUGGCUACUAUUGUCAAGGUCAUGCAGCUGCCAGACUCAGGCCUUGAAAUUCGGGACAGGAUGUGGUUAAAAAUCACCAUCUCCAAUGCAGUGAUAGGAGCAGACGUGGUGGACUGGCUUUACACACAUGUAGAGGGCUUCAAGGACCGCCGGGAGGCACGGAAAUACGCCAGCUCCAUGCUGAAACACGGCUACCUCAGGCACACUGUGAACAAAAUCACCUUCUCAGAGCAGUGCUACUAUGUCUUCGGAGACCUCUGUGGCAAUCUGGCUGCACUGAACCUCAACAACGGUUCCAGUGGCGCCUCUGACCAGGACACCCUGGCUCCUCUCCCACACCCUGCUGCUCCCUGGCCCUUGGGCCAAGGAUAUCCCUACCAGUACCCUCUGCCCCCUCCUUGUUUCCCCCCAGCCUACCAAGAUCCUGGUUUUAGCUAUGGCAGUGGCAGUGCAGGCAGCCAGCAAAGUGAAGGGAGCAAAAGCAGCGGCUCCAACCGGAGCACCAGCGAGACCAGCAGGAGAGCAGCGGGCAGGGAGAAGGAGCGCAGCAAGUCCGGGGGCAGCGGCAGCGAGUCGGAGCCGGGCGCGCGCCGCGAGCGCCCGCUCAGCCAGCUCAGCCAGCGCUCUGCCAGCGACAGGAGCCACCACUCCUAUGGUCCCCCAGGGCUGCCCCCCCUGUACAGCCUGCCCAAGCUGGGCUCCAAGGGGCUGGGCAGCAGCGGGCCCCCCGGAGCACCCCCGGUGCGUGAGCUGAGCGCCGUGCCGCCCGAGCUCACCGCCAGCCGCCAGUCCUUCCAGAAGGCCAUGGGCAACCCCUGCGAGUUCUUCGUGGACAUCAUGUGAGAGGAAGUGCCUUCAAAAGACUCUGCAUUUUGGGUUUUUUUUUUUUGGGGGGGGGGUGGUUCUGGGAUGCUCGGUUGGAAGAGGCUUGGCUGUCUUGCAUGUCACACCUUCCUGUUCGCGAGUGUGUCGCAGAAAAGAAAAAAAAUCGACAAAACUGAACAAAAAAAAGAAAAAAAUACAAACACCCCCUCAAGCUACAAAAAAUGAGCAACAAAAUCUCCUGGGAUUGUUAAAUCGUCUGCAUCUUUUUGUUCUGUUUGUUUUUUCUCCCCUGCCCAUCUCAUUUUGGAUUGUGAAUGGCCUGGUGUAUGUUCACAUCUUAAUGAGCUUUGGUCAUUGUGGCACCUACUUCAGUGGAAUUAGUGUCUCUUUCUGGGCUGAUUGGAGGACUGCUAUUUCACAUAACUUCUAAAUUCCUGACAAUGCAUAGGAGCACUUUGAUUUUUAUUUUUUUUACCCUGCUUUUUCUCUUGCAAGGACAAAACAAAAAAGGACUGCUGGCUGGUAUCUGGGAUACUGCCUUGGAAUGCUGGUUCUUGGAUGCAUCCAUAGCUCUAAGCAGACAUGGCACCCACAAGUGCUUGGAAAGGAGCAGGAUCCAACCAAUUUCUAGAGGAAAACAAACUUGUGGCUACUUUCUGCUGACUAGGCAGUAAAAAUCAAUCUUUCUUGGAUUCUUUGAGGGUUUUUUUUAAAAGAUAUUCUAUCAAGGGAGUGCUGGAGUCUUGCUACUGUAUGCGUUCUUUGUGCAGAACUUAAAAAGUUAUUUCCUUCAGUUAUUUCCUUAUUUCCCAAGAGGGAUUUUCCUGCUCCACUGGGUCCCUGGGCAUUUCAGUCACAUCCCUGCUGCCAGGUGUGGCUGUUCCCUCCGGAUGUGCACGUGCUUGCAGAUUGGAAGAGUUACUCCCACAGAAAUAGGAACAUUGCUGCGGUUCUGUCAGCUUUGCCCUUUUGAAGGGGCUGUUUAUCCCAUUCCAGCAGGGAAAUCCUGGCUCCCACUGGGACAUGGGACAUCUUCUUUGUGAUCCCUCCUUCCUUUCUGAGCACAAGCUUUCUCUUUUUUGUUAAAACAGAGAUCUGGAGAUGUCUGAUCCCCCUGGCAACAUUUCUAAGCACAGUGGGCAGAGAGGUGUGAGGGUAUCUGAGAACAGAUCAGAAAUGGUACAAAAAUAAAUCCUUACCCUGAAACUGAGUGAGACCUACCCUGGGGCUCCCCAAAAAGAAAUCCUUCACCCUUGACAGCAAGUUAGGCCCAUCUUGGAGCUCCCAAAAAUAAAUCCUUACCCCUGACAGCAAGUUAGACUAACCCUGGAGCUCCUCAAAAAUAAAUCUGUACCCCUGAUCCUGAGUUAAACUCACUCUGCAGCUCCCCACAAAGAAAUCCUUUUCAAAUUCUCAAAAAGAACCCCCUGACUCCUCCUCCUGCUGAGGAGCUCUGCUGUUGAAUAUCCCCAAGAUUUAUUUUCUGGCUAUUUCUGCUCUGAGGCUGUAGAAAUUAAAUUCAGGCAGCUUCAGGGAUGUUUAAAAAGCUCUUUUGAGGCAUGGUGAGCACAGCCAUGCUGUCAUAUGGCUCAUUUAAUGCAGCCACUCUGGCAUUUGACCAUGAGGCCAUUCCUCAGUUAAAUUCUCUUUUGUGAGAUUCUGCUGCUGGCAGGAUUUAGGGCAGGUGCUUUAAAAUCAGUUUUUAAUGUAAAUAAGCAUUUUCUCCACUGGUAAGAAGCUGCUUUUUGGUCUGUUCUGUGCUUUUUGGGUAAAUAUCCAAGGUGGAUGUGAGGAGAGAACAUCUUAAAACAAUCUUUAUCUCUUUGUACACACAGUUCAUUUGUGAAAAUGAAAACCUGACCCUUCAAAAUGUUCAAAAUUUUCACCCUGAAAACUGACUCUUCAAAAUGUCCUUUUAAUUCUGAUUUUUCACUUAUUUCCUUUUCCCACCUCCCUUUGUCAGAGACUCCAGAUGUUUGUGGGAAUGGGAGACUCAAUUUCCCUUUCCACAGGGAGCCAGGAAUUCGAGAAACUCUCACUCAGCCCAUUUCUGGGCUUCUAAAUUAAUUUCCUUUGCAAAAACCUCCCCAAAAAAGGCUUCUGAAAGCAGAGCUUUCAUCACCACCCAUGGGUGGCUCCUCCAAAAGAGGCCCUGCCUAAAGCUUGACUGUACAACAGGACUUUUCUGUCCCUUCCCUCCUCCUCCCACAUGCAAACCUGACUUGGUAAACUAUUCUGAAAGAUUGACACUUAAAUCAGGGUAAAAGAGUGAUGGAAUUCUGCUCUGUCUCCAGGAGACACUGCUGAGCAGACUGUGACUUUACUGACAAUCACUAGUGGUUCUACUUCUAAAUUAAUUGUGCUUUUUUUUCUGGCAUUUUAUAAGUUAUUAUUUCUCUGGCCCUGUUUUAAGGCAAAACUCAAAGGGCUGGAGGGAAAAAAAAAUCUCCUUUUAAUAUUUCCAAAAAAAGAGAUUAAAGCUGGGGGCUGAGCUUUUCAGCCAUAUUUAAUUGACAUAUUUAAUUUCCAAGAGUUGCAGUUUCCACACCUGCUGGGGGUUGGCUUUUGUCUCGUGGUUUUGCUGUUGGCAGAAACUGUUCUGUGUCUUGCUGGUCUUUGCUGCUAUGUUGAAAAAAUGGCUUUUUUAAAAAUGUGUGUGCUUGUGGGUCACCCUGGGACGAGGCUGGGAGUCCCCAGCAGAUGUGGGAAUUUUUUUUUUGCUGAGGAAAUUCAGGCUGGAGGAGGUGGAUCCUCUUGAACAGUGCAAUACUGAACAGUGACACAAAAAUCUGCAUCUUUUUUUUCCCCCGCCCCAUCCUGGGCUGAAAGUCAGGUCUGAAUCUUUGCCAGAUCUGUUUCCUCAAGGGAACAAAAAUGAGAUUUCCCAAAUCCCAUCCUUUGUGUCUUUCCUAUCCUGCUGCAUUCCCUGCAGGAUCCUGUGCCAGCCAUGCCAGGGGAGCUGCCCACAGUGGGAAUUGUGCCAGGGAAAAGAAAAUUUGGAGGCUGGAGUGCUGCAGAGCCAAAAUUUCUUACCCACCAGGGCCUGCAAGUGAAUUUUGGUGAAUUUUGAUGGAUUUGGGCUCCAGCAUUUCUUACCCACCAGGGCCUGACGGUGAAUUUUGCUGAAUUUUGGUGGAUUUUGGCUCCAGGGAGAGCUUUGCUGUGCAGGGCAGGGGAGCACCCUCAGAGCAGGAGCCCGAAAGAAUUGGAUUAAAGCAAUUCUUCAAUUAUUUUUUCAAAUAAUGUAUUUUUAUUCUGCAGCUGAGCUCAGUGCUCACCCCUCCCUGCAGCAGGGAUAUUUGGGGACUCCUGGAAAAGGGGCAGGAAAAACUUUGGGGUGUUUUCUCCCCGCCAAGAGGCAGCAUCUGCACAGGAGGUGUCCCCACCCAGUAUUUAAGCCUUGAAGAGUAAAUUUUUUUGGCAAAUAGUCUUAAAAGCAUGCUGGUAUCUUUUGCCUCCUGUUAAUGAAUCUGCUUUUCCAAGGAAUCAGUGCCCUGGAAACUUUAUCCAAAGGUUUUAUUGGAUGGCAAGCAAUGAUGCACAGAUAUUGAAUUUUGCUACGAUUCUUGUUUUCUCUCUGAUUUUUGGUCUCUCCCCUCCUGAGACUUGACAGCUCAUGGGUUGAUGUAAUUGUUUUUGUUUUUGUUUUUAUUUUAAUUUUUUGUUUUUGUUUUGCAUUUAACUGGAUUGUAAUAAGAUUGACUGAAAAUUAUUAAUUCUAAUCAGUGAUUAGAAAUACAUGUAAAAAAUUUUAUGUACAGUAGAGGAACAAAGUUACAUGAUUUUAAAUAAUGAAAACCCAGACUAUCACCUAUCCUAGAACUGGUUCUACUCCAAGAGUGACCUCUUAUUAGCAUGGACUGCACUGUUCCUGUUAAAUGUCUGUUGCAUAAUUGAAUUCUUUUUUGUAGAUAUUGUAUUAAAACCCAAGUGUCUGUAUAGUUAAUAUAUAGCUGCUUAUGUGUAAAUGCUAUUUUAAACACUAAAAAGCUUUUAAUUUUAUGUGACAUCCACAGUGUAUGUGGUCA